GCAGACGUGUGUUGGGGUUAGUCGUGAGCUGGGCGUCGGGGGCGGACCCACGUCCGUUGUCGUGGCUAGGGCCGCUGGGCAGACUGGCAGACACCUGCUGAGUGUUCCCGCAGUGCGCGGUGCAUCUUGAACGUGUUCGUACUGGUCUCUGUGUGAUCGCGUGUGUCCCGAACAGCAGCAGUCGUGUUGCGUCCGCGUGCGACGUGUGUGUGAGUGAGAAGAGGUGGUGCAAGUGGGGGAGAGAUCGCGAGCUGGUGCGGCCGAGCGAUUACCCUGACGAACAAGUCGUGUGAUGCUUCUUUGUGUGUGAAGUGAUGUGUGCAGUGCAUCGACCUUUUGUUGGAUUUAUCGCAGCGUCCUGCUGGCUUAGCUGACAUCGGUGGAUACCUAGCAAGUUUUCUUAUUUUCAAUCUUCAAAUUAAAGUGUAGCUGAUUUUCCUACGCGCAAACAAGACUGAUCUUAUACACACCAAGGGCACCCCUACAGUUCAAUUCCACUCCGUCCGCACAAGUUUUCUACAUCAGCAGCGAUGGAGAGGGAAUCGAAUCAGAUGCAAACGCAGUGUCGAUCUGGGUGUGGCUUUUAUGGUUCCCCAGCAACUGACGGACUGUGCUCGCUCUGUUAUAAAGAGGCACUAAAGAAAAAACAGCAACCUCCUGUCUCGUCACCAGCUGCCUCAACAGCAUCAAGCAGCAACAACGCACCAUUUGUGUCUGCAUCAACAGUAGCCUCAGCCGUUGAUACAGCAUUACCUACUAUCCCUGUAAUUUCAGACCUCUGCAGUAAAGAGAGCUCUGAAAAUGGUGAAGGUUCAGGUAGCAAUGGCAACGCAGAGUGUGCAACAAAUACAGAUGGUGAUGAUGCCAGUUUUGAUGGAAAAGAUUCACAAGAUAAAGAUGGGAAACGGAAGAAGAACCGCUGUGCGACGUGCCGUAAGAAGGUUGGGCUCACAGGUUUUGAAUGUCGGUGUGGCGGGUUGUACUGCGCAAUGCACCGAUACAGUGACAAGCAUGAAUGUACCUUUGACUACCGGGAGCUCGGGGCACAGGAAAUCCGUCGCAACAAUCCUGUUGUUGUUGGCGAGAAAAUUAAGAAGAUAUAAGACAAUGUUGCGGCAUCCUGAGACAUUAAAUUUCGGGCAGCUUGAGACUACAGCGAUGUCAUGGCAUGACACACCACUCUGCACCGCAGCACGACUCUCCACUAUGCACAUGCUGACCUCAAAUUAGUGCCAUGGUGAUAUUUCAUCUUUAGUACUUCAACAGGAAGCAAAUUUGGAUUUCUACCUCCCAAACCAGCAAUGCCCAACCCCACCCCCUCAAACCGAAAUCCUGGACCAAACAACCCAAAAAACUAUUGUCCAGGCUCGGCCUUGAAUAGGUGUUUGUGAUAAAAAUGAAUGUUCGAAUAAAAAUGGUAAAAAUUAUGAAUGGUGUUUUUUGAUACAGUGAAAUUAAAGUUGUGUGUUGCUUUUUAUAGAAAAAAAGGUGAAAAACUCGUUUUGAGUAGCAUAGGUGCUUGAACUUGAAGAACAGGUGUACAUAAUGAGUUGCUUGGCUAGUCUGCCAAGUGCGUAAUUGGUGUACUUGUGCGCCAUGAGAGGAAAGGUGACUAACCUGAGUCUAUUGUACUUCAGUGCUUAACUGUUGUGACCACUCCUUACUCAUUUGAUUUGAUGCUUGUUUUGGUUUUGUGUCAGAUUUCAUCCACUCUCUUGUAUUCCAACUAACGUAUCAGCCAUUAAGGAGUUUUGCAAGAUGUGGUUUUGUUCUUUUCUUUCAUUUUUUUUUUCUCAUGUUAUAAAAGAGGUGUGAGGUAUGGGCAAGAGAGCGUGUUUCAUGGUCCAGUUGUGAGUGGAUGGAGUUUAAUACACAGUUAACUAUCACAACCUUACUCAAGCUAAGACCGGAUAAUGACAAAUGAGGAUUGAUAGUUUGAAAAUAUUUUAAAAGGUGUAUUAAUUUUACUUUGUCUAUUAGUUUUUAUUUACCUUUGCCUCAUGGAAAAUGCUUGAUUAAGAGAAAGUAUAUAUUAAAAAAAGUAUAUUGUAAAUUUUGUCCAAUAUGUGUGCCUAUGUGAGAGCACAUGACAACUUGUGUACAUGUAAAUGUUCUAUGAGAGGUGUGUGUGUUUGUUCUGUACCAUGUAUGAGAGAAUGUGUGUGUGUGUGUGUCUGCGCGCUUGAGUGAGUGAGUAUGAUAGACUUUAUUUUAAUGGAUGUGAGACUGCACUGCUGCAACCAGUGGAUAGUGUGGUGUGUGCACAAUGUCAUGGUUUUUGUUUGAUCAUGCAAGUGCUCCUGUCAAGUGUUUCUUGUACUUUGUUUUGCCUGAGAGUUUUGAAGCUCAAGACUUUUUUUUUCUUCAAAGGAUUUAAGUUUUGGCUUCUUUGAGAGUUUUGUAGAAGGCUACCUUUCCCACUGCAAUGAGUGGGCUAGACGAUUGGAAAAAUCUUUCACGCUAGAAAUUGAGAUGCAAGCACUUACGGUAACAGAACAUAUAUUCCCUUGUUUGACAUGAAGACAGUGAUCUAGUUUUCUCUAACAGUCGUGUGUCUUCUCUAAAUUCCCUUGUGAUUAUUGAUGCUGUAGUCUUGAUAAUUUUUAGCUGUUACACAAUUUAUCCAAGUCAGAAAGCUUAUUAACAGUAACAGCUAUUGCCUAAGAAUGUUGUACAGUUUGCCUGUGCUAUGGAGUAGUCGACUAGGAUCUCUAUUAAGCAUUAAGCACUUUACUGGACUAGAAAAUUUGUGAUUCCUCUCCAAGGAUGAUAGCUAAAUCUUAUCUUAAAAAUAGGAGUGUAGGAGGAAUAUUACUGCCAAACAACUCAAUCUAGACUCAUUGUGUUAUUUCAUUUCUUUGACGGUUAAAACUGUUUAGCACUUAUUUAUCUAUACCCCUAUUUCUAUCAAGCCCGUGUUUAGAGAUAAAUGCAUCCUUGGAAAGUAUAGGACAAUAUCGUGCUUAAUGUACUUAUACCAUUUAGUACAGCUAGAUAAUCUGUUCUGAUAAGUGCUUGUGUGGGUGUUCAACCAACUAGCAACCAGUCUACUGAAAAGCAUAGUCUAGCCAUUAGUGUGUUUGGUUUGGUUUCUGCCUACCCUGCCCCUCUUCUGUAAAUCUAGGUGUGAUGUGAUAUGCGCAGCCGAGUCACCUGAGCAUGGCCGCUAAGUCUGUUGUAAUUACUCAGUCACUUGCCAAAGUAAUGGGUUGCCUACAUGCAGUCUAGUAGAGCAGGGUUUCAUGGUGGAGUGGAGACUCGCUGCUUGUUUUGCUCAAUUCUGUUUAAAUAUGUUUGUUUUAUCUACUCGUUCAUGCUCUUUCAGUUGAAGCUGUUUCUUCAGUGGAGGGAUAUGUCUGCUGAAACGAGUUUGUUUUCUUCAUUGCUGUACAACCCAUAACUUUGGAAGGUUCAUUAGAACUGAGAGCUUCAGGUGUGGCUCGGCCGUCCAUGAAGUGACUGUGGUUCAAAUAUUGUGAUUCAUUAAUAUAUAUAGAAUUUUUCUUUAGUGGGUAAGCAUUAUCAGAGAACCAGCAUAACAGCAAAGUCAUUGUUUCCUUAUUGAUAAAUAUAUAUCUGACAAUAAAUUGUAUCCUGGGAAUUUAGGUGGUCUCCAUCAUCUUGACCCAUCUGUCAGAAACUCCAUUAUUCUAAAAGAAAAAAAAAUUCUGGAGAAAUAUAGCUAUUUUUCUGGAUUAAAAGGGAAAAAAUGAUGCCUUGUUUUUUGUUGUCUUCUUUUUUGUUUGUUAACAAUUGCGAAUGCCUUGGUUCUCUGGCUUUCUCACUGUGCCAGAAUAGCAGUGGUCCAUUAUGUUCUGCCUAUCUUUGUUGGUGUUUUAGUCUGUGUACCAUUCGUGAUAGUCAUUCACAGCUGAAUAAUUAAAUGUUCCAAAAACAAAAUGCAUCAGUUCUCAUUACACUUUUGUUAUUACACGAGACUAAAUUUUGCCAGCACAAAGGCAUUAAAAUUAAUACUGAACUUGGAUGCAUCAUUUUAAUGUGUGGUGGUGCAUUCCAUAGGAUGAGAUGACUGACGUAAUUGAUAUAAGAAAAUUUAUGCAGAUGGAGCCAUUCAGAGCUAAUUUUUAAGUCCUACAAGUUUCAUUUAUGUGAAUUGAAUGAAACUGGUCCACUCUUUGGUGUAUUUUUCACAAUUGUGUGUCCAGAUGGGAAAAUGAUUGUCAAUUUGUCUGAGUAUAUCAGAACUGUGGUGCGAGUUAUCUGACUGAACAAACAUGUAGAAAUUAAGGGAGAACCACUGCCGUUUUAUUGUCUGGUUAUGCAACUUGGCACCAUUUUCACAGUUUAAAAGUGGCCUCAUGAUUUUAUGUACCAGAGGACUCACCACAAGGAUGGCAGGAAUUCAUUAUGAGGCUUUGUUUUAAUGUUUAAUUUUCCAGAUUGAAUUGCUUACUAUUUGUAAAGUACUGCUGGUUUUGUUAAAUCCAUAGCCAGGAGUUAAGUUCUUUCUUGCAAAGUUUGGUAAAGUCAUCUAUCUACGGAUCUGUUGUUUCUUUUUCCUCAUUUUUUUCUUUUUGUUAAGUUUGUGGCAAGACUAGAAUUUUGACUCCUGGUCAAGUUUCUUUUGUAAAUUUUGUGAAAAAAAGAAGCUAGUUGUUUAGAAUUGAUCAUCAUCAUUUAUUAAUUCAUUUAUAUUUUACUCAUUCACAUUUCAUGUAUUUCUCUCCUCACAACAGUAGUCCUUGAUUUUAAACGUCUAUGAUUAUUGCUCUAAAACAUUGUAUGUAAGGUAACUAAUAAAAAUAUCCUUAUGAACCUAUGAUUUUAUUAUUCUUUUCAGACCUUUUUCGUUUUGUGUCUUAAUUUGGCUAUGAAUUGAGAUUUUUAGAAAGGAACAAUCCCUGGCUUUGUCUUUACAGUAAUAGCCUUUCCCCACUUGUGUUUAUGUUGUGUGAGUGGUUGAGUGGCUUGUACACAGGGUCAUGUUUUUGGUCUUGUUAGAUUCUGGAAAAAUGAAAUUAUGUUUCAUUCUCCAGGCUUGCAGCUAAGAACACAAGUUUGUUUGCAUUCUCACUUCUGUGCCUGCCUACUGGUUGUUGGACCUAUUGCAGUUUAGGUAAUCAGUAUGUAAUAAGACACUUCUGCUGGGAGCUAUGUUGCUGUAACUGUUUGUUUCUUGAAUUUCUUGAAUACAGAUGUUGUGAAUAGUAUGAA